CGGGCGGCGGCCGCCCAGAGCCCCGGGGAGCCGGGACGGGCGCGGGGGCAGAGCUCGGUGUCCCCACCCCCGGCCGCCGACCGCCGGCCGCCUCUCGAGGCAGCCGAGGCCUUCGCGCUGGCCGUCCCCGGGGGCGGGGGGCGUCGUCGGCACGCCUCUGCCUGCGGGGUUCGACCUCAGUCUCCUCCUCCGGGCAGUGGGUUUGCAGCCCCGCGGCUGGGAGAGCGGCUCUCGUGAGGCCCGCCCGCGGCCGCCCGUCGCCAGGACCUGCCCCGCCGCCCGGGCCCGGCCGAGGCUGAGCCCUCCCGCCGCCCCGGGCCCGGCCCAGGAGGAGCCUCCCGGCGCUCGCGGGCGGGGACGCGGUGCGGGCGCCCCGGGAGGUCCGGCGGCGGGCGUGACCUCACGGGGAGGGGCCAGCGCGGCGCGGGGCGCGGAGCAGAGCGCAGAGGGCGCAGCGCCGGAGCCGCGGGCCGGGAGCGCACGCCUGCCCGAUGGAGCGCUACAAAGCACAGGGGUGUUGCUGUCUGGUGGUACAGAGAAGGAUCCUGCAGGUUUCUGCCUCCUUGGAGCAGCUGUUGACAGAGCUGGAUGACUUCCUCAAGAUUCUCGACCAGGAGAACCUGAGCAGCACAGCAGUGGUGAAGAAGAGUGGCCUGGCUGAGCUCCUCCGACUUUAUACCAAAAGCAGCAGUUCUGAUGAGGAGUACAUUUAUAUGAACAAAGUGACCGUCAACAAGCCGCAGAAUGCUGAGUCCCAAGACAAAGCACCUGAGGAGCAGAACCCGCUGACCAACGGGGAGCCUGGCCAGCACUCUUUGGCCCCUCAGAAGAGUCUUCCAGACCUCCCACCACCCAAGAUCAUUCCAGAGCGGAAACAACUCUCCAUCCCAAAGAUCGAGUCUCCAGAGGGUUACUAUGAAGAGGCUGAGCCGUAUGACACAUCCCUCAAUGAGGACGGAGAGGCGGUGAGCAGCUCCUACGAGUCCUACGAUGAAGAGGAGAACAGCAAGGGCAAGUCGGCGCCCUACCAGUGGCCCUCGCCCGAGGCCAGCAUCGAGCUGAUGCGCGACGCCCGCAUCUGUGCCUUCCUGUGGCGCAAGAAGUGGCUGGGGCAGUGGGCCAAGCAGCUCUGCGUCAUCAAGGACACCAGGCUCCUGUGCUACAAAUCCUCCAAGGACCACAGCCCUCAGCUGGAUGUGAACUUGCUGGGCAGCAGCGUCGUCCACAAGGAAAAGCAAGUGCGGAAGAAGGAGCACAAGCUGAAGAUCACACCAAUGAACGCCGACGUGAUCGUGCUAGGCCUGCAGAGCAGGGACCAAGCAGAGCAGUGGCUCAGGGUCAUCCAGGAGGUGAGCGGCCUGCCUUCAGAAGGAGCGUCUGAGGGAAACCAGUACGCCCCAGAUGCCCAGCGCCUGAACUGUCAGAAACUAGAUAUAAUGGAGAAGUACCUGUCAGCCCCGGAAUAUGGAAGCUCCAUAGAUGGCCACCCUGAGGUUCCAGAGGCCAAAGAUGUCAAGAAGAAAUCUUCUCCUGGCCUCAAACUGAGCAACCUAAUGAAUCUGGGCAGGAAGAAAUCUACCUCGCUGGAGCCUCCGGACAGGUCCCUCGAGACAUCCAGUUACCUGAACGUGCUGGUGAACAGCCAGUGGAAGUCGCGCUGGUGCUCCGUCAGGGACAGCCACCUGCACUUCUUCCAGGACCGGAACCGGAGCAAGGUGGCCCAGCAGCCCGUCAGCCUGCUGGGCUGCGAGGUGGUCCCCGACCCGAGCCCCGACCACCUGUACUCCUUCCGCAUCCUCCACCACGGGGAGGAGCUGGCCAAGCUUGAGGCCAAGUCUUCUGAGGAGAUGGGCCACUGGCUGGGCCUCCUGCUCUCCGAGUCAGGUUCCAAGACAGACCCAGAAGAAUUCACCUACGACUACGUGGAUGCAGACAGGGUGUCCUGUAUCGUGAGUGCGGCCAAAACCUCUCUGCUACUGAUGCAGAGAAAGUUCUCAGAGCCGAACACUUAUAUCGACGGCCUGCCCAGACCAGACCGCCAGGAGAUGCUGUACGAUGACGUGGAGACGUCGGAGCUGACGGCUGUGGUGGAAACUCCCGAGGAAGCCGCCCCUGUGACAGAAGCUCCCAGCGAAUCCCAGCCCGACCGAGUCUACCUGGACCUCACACCUGUCAAGUCCUUUUUACACAGCUCCAGUGGGGCCCAGGCCCAGGCCCCAUCCCCACUGCCAGCCCACCUGGAACCCCCAGCUGAGGCUGCCCCUGCAGACUCAGGCCCUGCCCUGGCUGAACCCCUUGUCGAGUCUCCAGAGAACCCCGAGUUGCAGCAGACGCCGCAACAGGAGAGUGCAGACCCUGAGGAGCCUUCCCUGAGAACCACAACAGUCAAAAUCCAGACUGAACAGCAGAAGAUCUCCUUCCCGUCGAGCUGCCCCGAUGCCGCAGCUGUCACCCCAGCUGGCGCCAGCCCUCCUGUGAAGGACAGGUUGAGGGUGGCCACUGCAGAGAUCAAACUUGGCAAGAAUAGGACAGAAGCCGAGGUGAAACGGUACACAGAGGAGAAGGAGAGGCUCGAGAAGAAGAAGGAAGAAAUCCGGGGGCACCUGGCUCAGCUCCGGAAAGAGAAACGGGAGCUGAGAGAGACUGUGUUAAAGUGCACAGACAAGGGGGUCCUGGCCAGCCUGGAGCAGAAGCUGAAGGAAAUCGAUGAGGAGUGCAGGGUCGAGGAGAGAAGGCGUGUGGACCUUGAGCUCAACAUCGUGGAGGUGAAGGACAACCUGAAGAAGGCGGAGGCCGGGCCCGUGACGCUGGGCACCACCGUGGACACCACCCACCUGGAGAGCGUGAGCCCCCGGCCCAAAGCUGCCACCCCCACCCCUGCCCCAGACUGCACCCCAGUCAACUCUGCUACGGCGCUCAAGAACAGGCCGCUUUCGGUCAUGGUCACGGGCAAAGGCACCGUCCUCCAGAAAGCGAAGGAGAUAUUUUGAGGCACCUGCACCGGAUGACUGACUACUCAGUCCACCAAACACAUGAGCCGCUACUCCCUUGCUGCUGUGGCCAAUAUUGCCAAUCACUCCCAGCAUGCUCUGCAGUGCUGCAGCCUCAAAAUCUCGUAGCAGGUGCCCCAAAUCGUGAACAGACAAGGUUGAAACAUAGCUGCCAACUCUAUUCCUCAGUGCUUCUGUGCUUCAAAAAAAUACUUCUUACGUUGUUCUAUGUAGAUGGAGGCUGCUACAUAGGAUAACUAACUUUCCUUCUGGGGGUGGGUGGUGGGGGGUGCUGGAAUUUGAAUGGUACUCUAGGAAUGGGAGAAGAAAGGAACAAGUUAGGAAACAAGCUUCAUCUAAAGACUCUCCUGCCAUCACGGGCCUUGGUGACAAUCCAGCUUCGUUAAAGUCUUCAUUAAAGCAGCAACUCUCUGAAAGGGUGAGUCUGCUCAGAAGAAAAAGGAUGGACUAUGGUACUCUGGGUGGAGAGCACUGGCUAAGAGGGGGCUCUGUCCAUUUUCAGAGCCAGAGGAAAUAACUACAACAAUAAAGAGAAGGCUUCUUGGGAGACCUAAUAGUUCCUGGGUAGAAACAAGACAUUGCUGUAGUUAGAGGUGUUCUGUGUCUCUGAAAUUUUCAUCAACUGCUUUAUCAAGCUUUUUUAAGUAGUGAAAAGCAUCUGAUGGUGGGACUUUGGUGGAAAAGAAAUCAAGGUAGCAAGACCCUGUCCCACUGGUCGUGUGGCUUGGGUGACCCAGGAGACCCCAACUCCUGAUUGUCAUCUCUCCUCCAUGUGUCGACACCUCUCCACCAGGAGCAGGUGCGGCUCAGUCUUCUGUGGUUUUAAACAGCAUCGCUACCACCUGUGUAAAAGCCAUCCCUGACAUGCUUUUUGAGAAACAGUAAUGGGAAGUUACGUGGGACCAAGCCGAGGUAGGGGCUGUCCCCACUAAGUUAAGGACUUUUUUUUUUUCAGCCUAAAGCAGGCCUGAACCCAUUGCUUUUAUUAUUUUUUUUUUAAGAUUUUAUUUUUUUAUUCAUAGACACAGAGAGAGAGGGGCAGAGACACAGACAGAGGGAGAAGCAGGCUCCACGCAGGGAGCCCGAUGUGGGACUCCAUCCUGGGUCUCCAGGAUCACACCCCAGGCUGCAGGUGGCGCCAAGCCGCUGCGCCACCGGGGCUGCCCUGAACCCAUUGCUUUUAGAUAAAAAUUUAUGUGAUGCUGUAUUAUAUAGAAAAAGUUUAAAAUCUUGUAAUUUAGAACAGUGAAAAGUGUCAAAAAGUAUCUUUUUGAGCUCUGACUUUUUACAUUAGCGUAGGAGGAAAGAUGACCCACUGUUUACAGAUGCCGUCCUGUGGCUGGGCCAUUUUUAGGGGAAAAGUUCAUUAAGUCCUGCUAAAUGUCCACGCGCCUUCCAAGAAAAAUGUAGUGAAUUCUGUUUUGGGUUGACUCCUCCUCCUCCUAAAAUUGGCAGAGCUGUUUUUUGUGUCUUCUCUUCUGAUGCAGUGUUUUGUGUGUUUUUUUUUUUUUUUUUUAACACCAAUUGAAACAUUUCAUCUGCGGUUCCUGCCUUGUUUCUGGGGGUUUGUCAAUCAGAGUUCUCUAACACUGGCUCCUGAGAACUAAAGGUCUUUCGAUUUCUAUUAUCUUUCUAAUCCCAGGGCAUUUAUUUCCUUUGUCAUAUACACUUGGUGUCCUUUACCAAGUGGUGAGUUCAAUUUUUUUUUUUAAUAAAACAUUAAUUGUA